AUGGAAGAGCUUGAGGUUCUAAACCGGCUCUGUAAGGAGCUUGGUGAAAGCAUAGAUCCGGCAACCAGAGCUCGAGCAGAGCAGAAUCUCGCCGAACUUGUUGAUUCACCACAAUGUCUUCGACGAUGUAUGCUUCUACUGGAACGAGGCGAUUUGCCGUACGGUCCUGUGGUUGCCAGUAACACUCUGAUGAAACUUUUGAACUCAAAAACCGGUAUACUCGUCGAACAGAAGCUCGAAUUGAGUGAGUUUCCUUGGCUGACCACAUCUUUAGAGUUCAUGUGUAUUUGUCUUUCUCGCGGCGCUAUGUGA